GGGCGCAUUUCGCAUAAAAGCAGUGAUUGUCUCAAAACACUUUGCCAUCACUUCUUGUACUCCACUCAUCAGCUGAUUAUCUGCACCACCGAUGGGUACACUCGUAUCGGACGGUGACUUCUGGGUCAUCAGAGGUCACAUGAGUGACAAAGUGAAGCAGGAGUUCGACGGUAUGGUUGAGGCACACCAUGUCAUCAUGAAUUAUAUCAUCGAUUCCGCCAAACAAAUGGCUGACUUUGUCCAGAGAGGUCACAUGAGUGACAAAGUGAAGCAGGAGUUCGACGGUAUGGUUGAGGCACACCAUGUCAUCAUGAAUUAUAUCAUCGAUUCCGCCAAACAAAUGGCUGACUUUGUCCAGAGUAAUGUGAACGACAGCCGUGUCUUAAGGACGCCAUCGCGUCAGCGACGGACCAGCAAACGGAAGCGCUCGUCAAUGAGACCCGCGUUGACCACCACUAAGAAGUCAGCGCUUAAGACAUCGACUCUACUGAACCAAUCGGUGACAACGACUCCGCGACGGCUCAGCAAACGUGCCAAACGAUCGACCAUUAAGUUG